AUGUCACAAUUCUGGGAUUGCAACUGCAAUUGAAUGAAAACCAGCAUACAAACAGACACCCCAGGACCGAGGUUGGGAACCACUGGAUUAGACCAUAAUAAAAAGCUUCAUAUAGUGACAUAAAAAGACACAAGAACAGUCUUCAUCAGCCAGUAGCUCAGUAACCAAACUUAAAUACAAAUAAUUGAGCCAUUCAAAUAAUUAUGAGAUGCUGUCAUGAAAUCCAGAAACAUAUAUGGUUAUUUAUCCCAACUUUGUAAUAUUUUGUUAUAUUUUCCUACUGUAGCAAAAUGAGCUAUUGAGCUAUUGUAUGAGCUAUUUAUAGAAAUGGUUAUCUGCUCUUCCUGUAUAUAGAAAGAAAGACAGCAAAAAGAGAGAGACCGAGGCGGAGACAGACGGACAGAGAGAGGGAGAGGGAGCAGAUACAUGCAUGUUAAAUGACAAAAUAUUAACCAAAUAUCAGAAUUUCUGCGUUCUCCUGCUAGUUCUGCCCCUCUUCUCCUUCUUUUCUCUCAGUGGUUAAGGUUUGACUAGCCCAAAUGGGUGAGGUAUUUUAUUCAUCUAUGAAGUUCAAGAAGAACUUGAGGCAGGGGACUGCAGCAACUCAGGAUGAAGGCGUAACCUAUUCUGAGGUCAAAAUCAUCAACCCUACCACCUCCAACACGGUGUGCCACUGUGGUUCAGCAGUGACCACAGAGAAGAGUGGACAAAGCUCACACCCCUACAGACGGGCUGCAGUGUGUCUGGGGCUGCUGUGUGCUCUCUUAUUGGCUGCCACAUUAGUCCUGUGUGUCCUCUAUAUGCGUGUUGGAGAAGACAGUGCCCUACAUCAGAAUGAUAUGACAGUAGAAGGGGUUGUGGAACAGUUCAGGGCCAACUGUAGCAUCCAGACUAAAGAUGAGGACCAGCUACAGACCUUUUACAAUGUAAUGACUGAAGACAAGGGCCAGCUACAGGAAAACAUCAAGAAAUUGGCUGAGGACAAAGGCCGGCUGCAAAAAAACUACAACAAAUUGGUUGAGGAGAAGGACCAACUACUGAAGAGCUACAACAAAUUAACUGAGGACAAGGACCAACUACAGAAAAAAUACAAGGCUAUAACCGAAGACAGUGGUCAGCUACAGAAAAACUGCAGCACUCUGUCAAAAGAAAAGAGCCAGCUACAAGCAGACUACAAUACCCUGGACAAAGACAAGAAGCAGCUAGUUGCAGAUUACAAUGCUCUGGCUAAAGAAAAGAGCCAGCAGGAAAGAGACUACAGCACCUUAGAGACAGAAUGCCAAACUCUGACCAAUGAGAAGAAAAGGACUGAGGAAGAAAGGAAGACACUACAACAACAACUGGAAGAAGAAAGGAACACGUUUCAAAAAUGGAACCGUACUUUUACGGUUGUGCUGGAGAACAAAAAACACAAGGAACAGCUGCAGAGAGACUUUGAUGCAGUGUUGGCGAAAUCCCCCGUUCUGGAUCAGUACUGUCCACUCAGCUCACAAAAGAGAAUGUGUAAACCGUGUCCACAGGGCUGGGAGCAGUUCUACUCCAAGUGUUACUACUUCUUUACUGAGAGAAAGACCUGGACGGACAGUCGCAGUGACUGCAUUAAAGAAGGGGCUGACCUGGUAGUUAUAAAGAGUGAAGAGGAGCAAGAGUUCAUCACCAGAUACACUAGGGAUUAUAACUGGAUUGGACUGAGUGACUUGGAAACUGAGGGUACCUGGCUCUGGGUGGAUGGAACCACUCUGCUGAAAGGAUUCUGGAGAAGUGGACAGCCAGAUGAUCAUUUCUGGUUUGACAGUCGUACACAGUACCAAGAUGCAGACUGUGCAGUUACUGUGCCUGGUGAGAAUGCAUGGAUGGACACACACUGCUAUUCGUACCGCAGGUUUAUCUGUGAGACUGAUGCUCUGCUCUUUUAAAACGUCCUUUAAUUAGCAAUGACGUAAAGCUGAUGCCAAAUGGGAAAUAAUGUUUUAUGCCGGAACAUGUUUAACCAUUUUCUCAUUUUGUAAGAUGCUGAAAAUUUCUAAACAGUAUAACCAGACUAAAACUGUGCCUAUGUUUGAGAGCUGUGCCAAGGGCACAAAAUGGUGGCUGGCUAAAAAUGUUGAUUGCCUUCCAUUUUAUGAACCAUAUGCCCAUACUGUAGUAUGAAAUAUUGUAAUAUAAAUCUGUGCUCACCAAUGUUUGCAUGUACAUGUUGCCAUUUUGCAGAUGCUCUUAUCCAGAGCAGAUUACACAGAAUAUAUUCAUAUAAAAUUCAUUUAUACAGCUGGUUAGUUUGAUCAAAGCAAUUCAGUUUGAGAGCUUUGCUGAAGAGCACAGCACCACCACCCCAAUCAGGAAUCAAACCCACAACAUUUGGGUUAACAGCCAGCUUCCAAACCAUUAAAUGACACUACAACCCUUCAAACAGGGGUCCCAUCUACACUACAGCUCUUCAGUCAGGGACCCCACCUACACUACCAACAUUCAAUCAGGGGCCCUGCCUCCUCUAUAGCCCUUCAAUCAGGGGCCUUACUGAGACCACAGCCAUCCAAUUAAGGGCCCCACUGAAACCACAGCCCACCAAUCAGGGGACCCGCCUACACUACAGCCCUCUAAUAAGGGGACCCAAAUCAUCUGCAGAAAAGGUCAAUUCUGGACACAUUAGUGAUCCCUCAGUGCCUUAUGGACUGAUAAUAAUGUAUCAUUGUGCCGGGCUGUUUUUAAGCAUUCAUGUUAAUUACACAUUCCCGCUGCUUAAAGGUAUUUGUAAUCAAUCUUACAAGGCCCCUAAAAAUUGUAUGUGCUGCAGCCAAAAAAAAA